AAAUCUUGCUAAACUUGCUGUGGUGGCGGCUCGGAGGCGCGAUGGCCGCGUUGCGACGGCGGUGACUCUUUGGUACUGCGGCGGGGCGUCGAGCAAAAUGUGCGCGGUGAGCCAAGAGCCGGAGAACGUAUCCCGGACGAGCGUCGCGUUCGGCGUCGCGUCCCUGGGCAUACUGUUGACUGGUUUCGUGACUGGUUCAUGGGUUACCACCAGGGAACCGUACAUGGUGCCCGGAGCGGACGGUGCCUACACGGUCGCCGCGUUUCAGAUCGGUUUGUGGAAGAUUUGUCCGAUCCUGAGGAAGACUAACUCCACGAUGAAUUUCCGGUCGUUGUCGUGCAAAUAUAUACGGUAUACCAGUGACUGGGAUUUGAACUUGGCCAAAGAAGACAUCGGUGUUGAUGCGGACGUUUACUUCACGCAAUCGUUUGUGGCUAAAAUGAGGUGGUGCACUCCAUUGGUCAGCAUCAGCCUGUGCCUUAUGUUGGCGGGUUGUGUUUUUUCGUUCAGCGGUCACUUCUACAAAGACCAGAAAACACUGAUCGCAUCGUCUUUGCACACGUUAGCUGGUAAGUAA